AUGCUACCAGCGAUCGCAUCGCAAGCCGACUACCCACACCUACCAUCCGGAUCAUCGAAACCAUGCUCGUGCGCUCACGAACGGUUCACCUCGAAGUUCGACGCCAUUGCCGAACAAUUGGAGGUGACAAAUGGUCUCGUGCAUAGUCUCACCAACACAGUCUCACAACUCAUGCAGAUGCAACAAGCAAUGCUUGCCGUCCUCACACAGCAGCAUCAGCCCGCCGCUGCACAGAUGCCGUUCUCAUUUCAAUUACCACCACCGUCGUUAACGUACCGAUUCCCUCCUCCUCCACCUCCACACUUCUCGCCAGAUCAACCAAAUCGACCGAUCAAGCAACAAAAGUGUAAUGAAACGACACAACAAAAACGCAACGUCAAGCCCUACGACUGUGCCUCUCCACCGACGCAAACUCCAAGCCAAACAACGAAAAAACAGAACUCGAACCCCUCUCCUUCUGUCGCAGGGACUCCAGCUGAUAUCUCGCGAGCUCCGCAGGCAACAACAAACACAACUGACACGACGAUGGAUCUCGAACAACAUUAG